AGGUACAGUAAGACAAAGUAAAGCAAGACAAAGUAAGACAAGGUUAAGGAGCGACAGGAAGAACAAAGUAAAGAAAUUAAAGCAAAGGGAAGCACAAUAAAGUAAGAAAAAGCAAAGUAAAGAAAAGAAAUAGCUAGAAAACUCUAAGCUUCUCCGAAACUAUGGCAAUAUAGCUUUCGAUGCUUCGUAUCACGUGUCAAAUUCGUGCGUGAGCCAGCUGCGUAGAAGAGACAAGACAUCUUUUUGUUGAUAAAUGAAAGUAAUACUUUUUUCAGACCUUUAACAAGCAGUACUAAAAAAAUUAGACAACAUUUACAAUAGAAAUUUUAUUUAAUUUUUUAUGAAAAGUAAAAUUCUAGUUUUGUUUCUAAGAAAAGGAAAAUUAUUGUUAUUGAAAAAGUCUAUGACAACAUGCUGAUUUCUUUUGUAUCGCUGUAAAAUAAUCACAGCGAGGAAGAGCAACGAGGAACUGCUGUUUUAUACAAAAACAUUUGUUGAUACACGAAAAUUCUUCAAAGACGAGAAAAAAAGACGCCGAAAAAUACAGUCUAAUUAUUUUAAUGUUUCAUUGUUGUAAUAUAAUAAUAACCAUUUUUUAACUGAAAUAAUUCUUAAUUAUACAAUUCAAGAGUGAUGUUGCGAUCUUUAAAUAUUCCCUUUCUUUCACUAUUUUCACUUUUUAAAACUUCAUAUGGCAACAGACAGAGAAACAGCUCAAAGCAUCGAUUGAAGUUUAGAUUGGGAAUGUUUCACUUUUCACAAGUUCUGUUCUGUAUCGGUUGCAUAGCAAAAGGCUGUUUUGGCACAUCACCAGAUAGUUUGUUGAUCAACCAUCUGUUAUCUAAUUAUCACCCUGAUGCACGUCCUAGUUCCAGUGUUACUAAACCAGUCAACCUGACAUUUGAUAUUGCUUUGAAGCAAAUGCUGGAUAUGGACGAAAAACAACAGAUAAUGACGACUAAUGUAUGGAUCAGACAUUAUUGGAAUGAUCAGUACCUGCGCUGGGAUCCGGCGAAGUGGUCAAAUGUUUCCUAUUUGGCUGUUGGUCCAGACAAAAUAUGGAAACCGGAUAUCACCUUGUACAAUAAUGCGGAACGAGGUUUCCAAGGUUUUGAUGAUUUUGGAAAAACAAGAGUUAAUAUAUACAGCACUGGGGAUGUUGUGUGGUUAAUCCCAAUGAUUUUAAGGAGCGAAUGUAAAUUGUCAAUGACUUAUUUCCCAUUUGACGUACAGUACUGCCCACUUAAGUUUGGUUCGUGGGCGUACGACGGUCUUGCUUUGGAUGUAUACAACCGAAAUCCAACAGGCGAUCUUAGCACGUUCUCAAAAAGUGGAGAAUUUAAGAUAGACGGUCUAGAGGCAAACAGAGUAUCGGCAACAUAUGUUUGCUGUCCAAAUCCAUACGUUACAAUCACUUACACGGUUCGAUUGCAUCGAAGAGUAAAAUUCUACUUCUACAAUCUGAUAAUACCUGGAGUGCUCAUUGCUGUGUUGGCCUGCUUCUCUUUCCUUUUACCACCAUUGUCCGGUGAAAGAACUGGUCUUAUCAUCACAACUUUUCUAUCCUUGUCUGUGUAUGUUUUAAUGGUAUCGGAUUCAAUUCCACCGAGUUCAGAAAGUAUACCGAUUAUUGUCAGAUUCUACACAGUAAUGAUCAGUGAAAUUGCAUUAGCGUUGAUUGUCAAUUCCGUAGUUAUUCCAUUGGCUAAUCGAAAGGUACCCGUACCGAAACUAAUCAAAAAUCUACUGCUGGGGAAAAUAUCUAAGUAUGUUUUUUGCAAUAAAAACACAACGAAAGUCAACGAGAUGUAUUUUUCAGCCGAGAACGACGCGUUUGCAGAUAAUACCUUCAAUGAAGAAGAUCUAAUGGAAGGAAAAAUGAAAGAAAUUGGCGAAAUUAAAGAUUUAAUGACAAAAGUGUUAAAAACAUCCAAUACAGUCUUUCAGCAGAAAGUCCUAAACUACCUUAAAUCUAUCAAAAACAUUUUAAAGGAAGAUUCGUGCUCAAAACAAAUUGAGGAUGAUUGGACAGAAGUGGUUAACAUACUCGACAGAAUUUUUUUUGUCACAUUUGUGGCGGUGGUUGUGAUAAGCGGCGUUGUACUGAUGCUGGAAGCUCCUGAAAUAAAUUUUUAGUAGCAUUAAAUGCUUUUGUAAAUAGAAAUGUUAUUUUUAGGGGUUUAAAGGAGAGAAAAGGGAAAUUUAACAGUUUACUGGACAAGAAAUUAUCAUGGUCAACAUAAAUUUUUUCUUCCGUAGUAGCUAUGAAACAAUUUUAAAAUAAAAAGAAGUUAAAGAACAUGUUAACGCCCAUGUCAGUUUUAACUUGGAUAAGCUCGCCGGUUAACUAACAAAUAAUUUUGAUAUUUAGACGCGAGUAAGCGCGAACACACCUUUGUAUUAUAACAUUUGAGCAUGAUAUGAUGCCUGUUGGAGAAAGAGAGUGGUAAUUCAAUAGAAAUGCAUGAAUUACAAAGGAAAUUGAAUAGAAAUACAUGAAUUACAAAGGUGAAAGUGUAACUGCCGUAACGUCAUUUUAUUUCGACGCUCAAAAUGUGGGUACAAAAAAUACAA